CUGGUUGUUUCCAGUCGCCCGUUGAAGCAAGCAAUGGCAACAGCUCCUACACCCGUCCCACGAUAGGCACAACAUUCCAUUUUCGACACCAUCUGCUGUUUGUCCAUGUCGGACCAAGGAAACAGUCAUGGAAAAAUCUCUCUCUUCCACAGCGCGUCAGAUAAUGACGUCGUCAUCAAUUGGUCUGGUAAUGUCUGGACAGAUGUCUGUUUGGGUGUACGCAGCUGCUGCCCUUCCACAGAUGGAACAUUCGAACUCCACAAUCAACUUUACACCUGAUGAAGCCAGUUGGUUUGCCACCGUACCAUUAAUGAUGACCAUCCCUGGCUCAGCUGUGGGAGCAACUAUUUGCGAAAUGGUUGGCCCCCGGAGGCUGUAUUUGAUCUUGUUGCCAGUGUUUUGGUUUUCCUACACCGUGAUGACCGUAGCCUCUUGGAAAGUCAUCCAGGAUGCUGGAGCUGCUAAAAUGGUUCUCCUAAUGUCAAGGGUAAUUCAGGGUUCUGUUGUAUCACUUCUGUUCCCUGCUACUUCUAUCUAUGUGUAUGAAGUGAAUCGCCAUCGAUGGAGAGGAACAAUGACCAGUAUACUCGAGAUUUGGGGUACAUGGGGAUUUUUGUUAUGUUACAUCACUGGCUGCUUUAUGUCGUGGUCGACGAUAGCAUGGUUUGUGCCACUAAUUACUAUAGUUCCUGGAUCUAUCGGUGUAAUGCUCUCGCCAGAAUCUCCCCUUUGGCUCGCAAGAAAAGGAAAAGAAGAGGAGGCUCGAAAAAUUCUCUACAGAUACAGAUGUAAUCUCCAAGAGGUGGCAGAAGAUCUCAAGGCUACAUGUAAGAAUCAAGGCCAGAAGACCCAGAGUUUAUCAGAGCUUUUGAGAGUGAUGACAAAGAAACCUAAUAUAUUAGCAAUGAUUGCCUCGUCAAUCAACACAAUCAUGAAGGAGUUGGUAGGGUUUGCAGUUAUCAAUAUCUACAUAGUACAUAUUUUCGAUUCUGCAGGAGUUGGUCUUGAUCCUCGCUACAGUUCAGUGAUCGUUGGCGUUGUGCGCCUGGCUGCCAAUACCAUUGCUUCCCUUCUGUUGCACCAUUUCAGAAGGAAAGUUCUUCUCAUCUGCGGAAACACCCUUGCAGGAACUGCUGCCUUCUUCAUUGGCUUAUUCUUUUACUUAAAAAGUUCAAAUUAUGACGUAACAUGGUUAGAAUGGUUACCUGUAACUGGUCUAGCAAUACAUAUGCUAGGUUGUGCAGCUGCCAUAGGACCUACUACAUGGCUGAUGGCUGUUGAAGUUUUGCCAGGCCCUGUACGUUCUGUGGGUUUUGGAAUAGCCACUACAAACUUCGCUAUAGCGGCUUUUGUUAUGUCCAAGACAUUUGUGAGCGUUUUGUCUUACAUAGGCAUGUAUGGGGUUUUCUGGUUCUUCACAGCAGGUGCGAUUGCAUUCAACAUACUCACCAUAAUAUUUCUGCCUGAGACAUUUGGAAAGUCUCUUCAAGACAUUGAGGAUUACUGGAACAAGUCUUCCAAAGUAAUGGAGAAAAUACCAGUUUCAGAUAAUGCAGAUACAGGUGACCUAGACACAGCAUCAUUCUUAUCCCAUUCUAACAAGGUAGUAUAAACUUUCCAAAACAUACCUAUCCAUAUUUUUCUUAUAAAAAUCAUCAAAUUGUUACACAAACAUUUUAAUCAUCCUAUAGACGGCACAAUCUGCAACCUCAAAAUAUUAAUUUCCUAUAGACUUUGGAAAAUAUGCAACGCAAAAAAAAUUAAGAAAUAAAAAAGAAAAAAGAAGGUGAAGUCGGCUAUAUCAGUCAUCCGUUUUAUCCUCAGCUAAUUGGUUCUUUGUAAACUGGAAGUAUUCAAGUAAGAACUGUUGCGUUGCACAAUUCUAAGUCUAUACAGUUCAAGCAAUAGAAGACCAACCCAAGUCAAGUGGACGCAGAUUGUUUCAGUUAUUCAUCGAAAAUCUCACCAAAAGUCUUCAGUGCCAAAAGACAUCUGUAAGUUAUUUUCUAAGGCAUCAUCCCAUCUUUUGUGACCUCAUGGAGAACCUAGCAGUAUGCUGUACAUUUGUCAAACUCUCUGGUUCAUUUAAUUUAUUCUGGGCAUAACAAAUAAACAGAAACCCCUUCAA